GUUCGAAAACCUACUUCUGACAACAUGACAACUGUCAAAUAUAUUUGUUUUCAUUGUGGAGUGGACCGAUUCUUUCGGAGUGGAGUGAUGUUGGCAAGCACCUUUGGAGAUUCCGGAGCCGGUCCCUGCGCGAUGUUAACUGUGUUUUUUUCACGCCCGCAUUAGUUUAUCGCUACCGUCGUUCCGGUUCCGCAGCCGCCGCCACCCGUCACUUCUGGAAGAGAAUCCAGAUCCGUUGGCUGGCUGCUGUUGGCGCAAGCCGAGUCAUGCAGGGACGUGAGGGAACUAACGUUAGGCGAGGAAGAGAUUGAGAUUGGUUGUGCCAGGUGCAAAUGGAAUCCCCUCCAGUGUGGCCUGGCAAUCAGCGGCAUCCCCACAGCGUACCUCCAGCAGCACCAACAGUGACGCAUUUGCUCUCUAUUCGUUUCCUUCACGGCCACGGCGGUGCCUUCCGGAUGUGCAACUCGGAGAUCGACAGCAAGAUAAAGAAUGAUCAAAAGCAGGAGGAGGCACAACAGCACCAUCAUGCCAACCACCGGCCGCAUUUGGUUCCGUGGUACAAGAGAGCCCGUGCGUCGGCAACUGAGAACUCGGCCCCUGUGUACUUCCGGAUGAACACACCGCUCGAAUCGGCUCUGAAUGGUCCCAGGCGAUGGCACAGGAAGCCGCGGUUAUGUGGUUGGCUCAUCACGCUGCUGCUUGACUCUGAGCAGUUCCUUCUAAUAUGAGAUUACACAGGUUGGUCUCGAGCAGUUUAGCCUCGCCUAUUGCGAAACGGCGUAGGUUUCCUGCGGAGUUACUGCUGCGGCUGCCGUCGGUCAACCCGGCGGCAAAUGCCGGCCGAGCUUGUAAUCUGCAGGAGGGAAUAUUUGUCGCCAAUCUGCAUUCCAAGGGUAAGCGCGAUGGUUAAUAUCUGGAAAGCUCCACUAGCUUCAAUCGCCUUCCUGCUCGUCAUCAAAUGGCCAUGACACGGACCUUGCUCUGGUCGUUGGUUCCUUCGGGAACA